AUGAUGAAUGCUGUCUUCGCUUGUGAGAACUAUGAGUUCGAAGGAGAUCAAGAAGUUUAUGGUGAUCCUACUCGAAUUUACGAGAAGAAAGAAAGAAUUGUUAACAGAAAUGAGCUACAUCCUUUCUCUGGAUAUGAAGACUGGGAAGGUAUCAAUAACCUUUGUACACUAGAUUAUGGUAUUUAUCAUGAAAAUACAUUACAGAAAGGAACCUGGUUCCCUAAAGAUCAAGAACAGUUGUUUUCUGACUUCCCCAUGCUGGACAAUUUUCAGCUCAACAUGGGGUUUCCUCCAGUUCACCAGUCAAUAAUAACUCAAGAUUCUAUAGUUUUCCAUUCUGACAUGCAUGAAAUUCCAGAUCUUGUUGAAGAAAAGAAGGAUAAGGGAAAGAAGGAAAACAUGUGCCCGACAUCGUUAACCUCUUUAGAGCUUUUAAAUAUUUACACUAAGAGACUCAAGAAAUUGAAAGAUGAAAGAAGAUCAAAUGAGCUUCAAAAUGAAGCAAAAUUUACAACAGUCGAUAAUGGUGGAAGAUUAUCAACUGAAGAAGUAUUUAGAGUUGCAGGUGCGCGGUUCAUUCAGUUAUCUGCUAAACAAGAAGAUGAUAUGAUUGUCAUUACAAAUCAAUUUGACUGCUCUAUUUCUUCCCUCAGCGAUGAGGAGGGUAAGGAUGUAGAAUUAGCACAACUCCUUUUAGCUUCAGCAGAGUCAGUAAACAACAAACAGUUCAACUUGGCUAGUAGAUUGCUAACUCAAUGUGAUUACUUAUCAUCGACUACAGGAAACCCAGUACAGAGAGUUGUAUAUUAUUAUGCAGAAGGUCUCAGAGACAGGAUCGAUCGAGAAACAGGAAGAAUUCCAUUAAAGAUAUCUGAAGGAAGAGGAGAACAGCCAAUCGAUGUGGACAAAGCGAUGAUGACUCUGAAUCCAGCACUUCUAGCCUGUCAUCAAACACUUCCGUUCGGAAAAGUCUUGCAGUUUGCAGGAAUUCAAGCCAUUGUGGAUAAUGUAACUUCGGCUAGUAAGGUUCAUUUGAUUGAUUUUGGAAUCAGGAUUGGAAUGCAGGGUACAGUGUUGAUGCAAGCUCUUGCAAGUCGGCAUCAAUGUCCAAUUGAACUUCUCAAGAUCACUGCUGUUGGAACUUUGAGACAGCCAAUCGAGGAAACGGGUAAGAGAAACGCUAAUGAGAGUAGUAAGAAACCUGAAUCCAUGUGUAAUGGUGGUCACUGA